ACCCCGGCAAUGCCCAUCCCACAGUAUCCAUACGGAGACAAUCCAGGGGUCACGCCGCAGGGACCUCCACCACAGCCCAGAUUCCCGGAGGACACGUGGGCUCCCCCCACCAUCUAUGGGGCGCAGCCGCGUUACGCGUGGCCCGCUGCUUCGGUGCACGGGAACCCGUUUGUCUCCGAUUCGCACCCAUCCUGGACCGGCAGCGGGGCUCCGUCCCACCCUCCCGCGUGGGACUCAAAGGAUACUGCUUACGACAAACCCGAGCAAAGCGCGAACCAACACCGCUACUACUCCGAUGUCAACCACCAGCACAGCAGGACAGUGAAUGACCACAGGCCAGCCACUCCGCUCAACGCCAAGCCGUCCCCCCCAAACCCCAAGGUGCAGUACAGCGCGCAGCCCCAAAUGUACGACAGCGCGUCUCGGAACCGGGAGGGUGGCUUUAAACCUGGUGAGCACCCACCAACGAAUUCUGUAGCCAUCCAACCAGAGAUUCAGAGAAUCCUCCACGUAAUGGGGGAGGCUGAACAGCUGGAGCAAGAGGUGGAUGAAUUGGUGGGAUUUUUUUCCUACCGGCUUCUGGAGGAGAUGUUGACCAAGCUGCUGUUGGAUCUGGAUUCCAUCGAGACCGGUGGCCAGGACAGUGUUCGGCAGGCCAGGAAAGAGUCUGUCCACAGAAUUCAGGCCAUACUGGAAAAACUGGAAAGAAAGGGGUUGUGA